GCUCCCCUCCCCUCCCGGCGCCCGCGAAGCAGACUUUGGUCAGCCCUGCCGCGGCGAGAGAGAUCGAGGGGCGCCAUUUUCCGAUACGCCGACCGGCCGAGAGAGAGACGCGCCAAGUGAUCCACGCGGACCUUUUCGCUGCCGAGUGCUCAGGGAGGAACCGGGCGGCUUGGCGAGAGCCCAUGCAAUUCCCGGCCGUCCGCCGGUAACCGGCGGCUAUCGGCGGCUAUCGGCCCACGGGAGGAGGGGAAGGGACGGAUAAUUCGUGCACCGACGUGGCGCGGCAUUCAUUCCGGUCGGGAGAGACGCGGAGGCUGGUCCGAGUCGAGGCGAUGGUAGAGCUCGGGCGGGGGAGCUACAUGGGCAAAGAGCGAUCGAGUGGCGGGUAACGGCUCGAAUAGUGGGACACCGUACAUGAGAUAAUAACUUUAGUAGCGAAAGAAAACACGAUUGGCCGAACAAACGGGGAGUAUGGCACUCGAGAGUGUUUCCGGGGCCCAGACUCUAAUACAAAGAUCUCGAGGCCGUCCCGUUUAUUGGUCGAGUGCGUUUUAAUCGAGGGUGCCAGGAGGUCGCGACGACGUUUACUCUUGCCGCGCCUUAAAGCCUGCAAGUGCAAGAUAGGACCUUUCAGGCUCUGCCCGCCCUAAGGGCGGUUGCAUCGACCUGCGACGACCGGCGCCGGUCCGCGUCCGAAUUCUAGCCCGACUAAUGCAAUUCGUGUCAAUGACGCAACGAUGACGAGGUAUGCCAAUGCUUUAUGACGAGUCGUCGGUACGAUGCCAAUGCUCGCAUGAAUUAUGACGACCGGCCUAUGGUCGCGAUCGUGACGACGAUGAACAUGAUUAUGACAGUGAUGACCACGAUGAUGCUCCUAUUGUUUAUGAUGAUGAUGAUGAUGAUGAUGAUGAUGAUGAUGGCGGUGACGGUGGUAGUGAGACGACGACGGUUGGCGAUAAGCGGAUAAGAAAUGCGUCAGAAUGACAAUGACUUGGAGGACGGCGAGAUUCCGUCCGACGAGGACGACGACACGAGCUCGCCGGCCCCGAAGGCAGCUCAGGAACCACCGAAGCCGGAGCCGAAACCCGAGCCACCCAAGAGCAAGAGCUUCGACUGCAAGUACAACAAGAACAAAAAGCCCUCGGUGCAAGGAGGCAGCAAGCUCGAUAGGUUUCACAAAUUCAAGAACCCUACCGAAGACUGGGCGGGCGACGUCGAGAAAGCCAUCAGGGCGGCUCUCGAGGAGGACAAGUCGAAGGGACAAGACAAGUCCAAGAACAAGAACAACAGGAACAAAAAUCGCAAGAGAAUACGAGAUGACAAGGAGGACGAGAAGAACAAGGAGCAGAAGAAGCGAAAGUUCAGCGACGACGAGAACGGCAACGAGGACGACGACGAGAUGCUGUUCGUCCGAGGAGCUUCGCCCAUCAGGAAGGACAGCAGGGAGAACGUUUCUCCUCCAAGGAGGAUGAACGACCACGAGAAUUUCGACAAUAAUUCGGACUACGACGAGCGACCCGUCCUCAGUCGUCACCGGGAAAGCGAGAAUAAACGCGGAGGCGGAAGGGGCGGAGGUCGCCGAGGUGGGAAGAGCGAACGCGGCAGCAAGAACAAAGGUCGCGGCCAGAUGCGGAACGACCGGAACAAUCGCAGGAACCAAUCGAACGAUCACGGCCAAGAUCCUGACGCGAUAUGUCUGUAUUACAUGCAAGGGAAGUGCCAUCGAGGCGACGACUGUCCCUUUUCGCACAAUGCUCUGCCGCCUAGGAAAAUGGAGCUCUGCAAGUUCUACCUAAUGGACUGCUGCGCGAAAAGGGACAAAUGUUUGUACAUGCACCACGACUUCCCUUGCAAGUACUUCCAUACGGGGCUGAAGUGCAUCCAAGGGGACAAGUGCAAGUUCUCGCAUCAGCCGUUAAGCGAACAAGUGAAAAACAUUCUGCUGAAGCAUCUCGAAACCGCCCCGAAGGAGAUCCUAGGCGACUUCCCAAGACUGAGCAGGGAAGGAGCGAUGCUGAUGAUCAACAAUACAGCCAGAAGUCUUACUCAAGGUACCGACAUGCCGAACCAAAAGAUCCCGAGUCUCUUCGAGCUGAACGUACACACGCCCGAUUCUACCACUAAGACUGACGAGAAAACGGACGAAGGUAAACCGACAUCUCUUGGUCCUUCGCUCGACGCGUCCCCGAAUGGCCAGCAGAAGGGGAUGAACGCGUCGAAGGAGAGGAAGCCUUCGGGAAAGAAGACCCGCUGGGGCUCGGAUGAGGACAGAGUUCCCUACGAGCAGAUAAUGCUUCUUCAGUCGGCCAAUCAGCUGGGUCUUCAGCUUCCGAACGCCGCCCUUGGACUGGCCGUCCAGCAGCAGCUGCAGCAGCAAUUCCUCAUGCAGCAGCAACAUCAGCAUCAACAACAGCAACAGAAUAUGCCCGCCAUGGACUUCUACACCGAGACCAGCGCGAGUUCCAACGAGGGACCGCGAAUGAAGGAGAAAGAGGACUUUACCAAGGACGUGGAAGAAGACGAGAUACUUGCACAAGCAAAGGUGAAAGAAGCGGCGAGUGCAGUUUCCAGGGACGUGGAUCUUCGACAACUGUUGGCGUCUUCCACGAAACCACCGCCCGUGGUUAGUAUAGCGGACGAGGUGGCCAAUCUUACCCAAUCCAAGAUCGACGAGGAGAGCGAUCGAGACGAGGAGAGCGAUCUCGUCAUCGAGAUGCCAGCCGAAGAGGAGGAAAAGGAGAAGGAAUCAGAAUCCCAAAACUCGACUCAAUCGUCCGAGAAAUCCUUGUCGGCGCAGGACGACGACCAGGAGAUCCCCUCGCAUCUGCCGAAGAAGGCGCAGGAGCUGUUCAUGCGCAUCCAGCAGCAACAGCGUGCCGCCCAGGACAGCUUCAAGAACAUGGAUGAGGAGGACAAGAGCAAGGAGAGCAAGCUCCAGACGCUGGAGGACUGGUAUUCGGACGACGACGACGACGAGGACGAGGUCGAAGAGAACGACGAGGACGACGAUGACGACGACGACGGGGAGACGGGCCACCUGACGAUAGUUUUGAAGGACUCGCAGAAGGAGGAGAGCGAGCAGGACGCCGAGAACAAGGGCUCCGUGCAGGAGGAGCCUUCCUCGGGGGUGGGCCAGGUGCCUAGCAUCCCGCAACCGGCGGUGAUAGCCGACAAGCUGGGCGACCUGAGCAAGAUCGACAUCAGCGCCGAGGUGUCGAAGCUCCUCUCGUCGAUCAAGGCCCAGAGCUCGAAUGGAAAGACGCAGACUCAGUCGAAGACUCCGUCGGCAGCCAGAGAGGCCUCCAGAGGUGCCAGCACCGACGAACCUCGAGACGACCACGGUCGCGAGGGUCAGUUCGCGAUGCAGCACCAGGUAAAGGCCGAGCACGAGUCCGCGGAGCGGGGGUCAUCGCCGGGUCCUAGCACCGCGCCCGCUCCCGUGUCCAGGGACCCUCGCAUGUCCAGGGACCCCAGACAGAGGCGGGAGGAAGUCAAGGUGAGCAGUCCCAGCACGGCGGACGCGAAGAAGGACACCAGGUAUCCCAGGGCGGGCACCAGCAUCUACAGCUCGGGGAUCAUCGCGGUGGACGUCAACAUGGACACCGACCUCAGAGCGAGGGCGGACCAGGAUCACAGGAGGAAGGACAUGGACCUGAGACAGCGCUUCCAGACCGACUUCGGCGACACCGACCUCAGGGUGGUCGGCGGCAGCUUCGUGGACCCGCCCGGCAGGUCCGACGUGGACCUGCGACAGAUGCUGAGCUUGCCCUUCAAGCCGGCCCCUUCGCACGCGCCCUGCACCGAGAUCGACGCCACGGUCUCCUCGCAUCUGCCCAUGCCCUACCGGGUCUACGUCGUGGACAUCCCCCGGCCCGACUACACCGGGCUCAAGCUGACGAAGAACGAUCCCCAAGUGCGGUACGACCCGCGGCUCAGAAAGAUCUUCCGGCUGCCGAAGACCGACCUGGCGGACUCGCCCAUGUCGCCGCCGCCGAUGAAGAUGGAGCCGCCCAACAAGUCGCCGCCCCAAGUCCGGGCGGACCCCAGAAGGAAGACCAUAGAGGCCGCCAAUCAGUCCUCCAUGAACAACGCGGUGUCCUCGGUGCUCCAGGUGGGGCCUGGUCCACCUCAAUCUCAACAGCCGCCGGGGGAGAUGCCCGGCAUGGGGCUGGGCCCUCAGGGGAUCGCAGGGCCUCCUGGGAUGCCCAUGCCCAUGAUGGGGAACAUGGGCCCGAUGGGACCCAUGAUGAGCGGGCCCAUGCCGCCGCCCAAUGUCCCGCAGAUACCCAUGGGUGGGAUGCAGAACGUCGGCCCCAAUGGACCCAUCGUUCCGCAGAACCAGGUGCCCUUCGAUCCUCGCUUCAACGCUCAGAGGAACAACGGCGCCGGACUCUUGGGCCCGGCUCCGGGAUUGGGGUUCACCCCCGAGGUGGGACCCUCUUACGACAACCCCGGGUAUCCCCCGGGGAACUUCGGCAACUUUGGCCCCGGCCCUGGGCCCGCUGAUCCUAAUAUCAUAGGCUUCGGUCCCAAUGGACCCAAUGGACCCAAUGGACCCAAUUUUAACAACCCGGAGUGGAACGCGAGUCAGGGCCAGAACAGGAGAGGCGGCAGGUUGCGCAGGCGGAACAGGAACAGGGCCAACCCUAUCCCUGGAAGCAGGGGCAACAGGUCGCCCCCGUGAGGACGAAGCACAUUUAUGGGAGGAACUCGGGAUUAAGUCGAGAUCGAACUAAUUGCGAUGUGCCGUUCCUCGAUUACGACUAUUCGUCGUCUUUCCCGGAACUUCCAUGUCGCAGGACGGAUAUAAGAACUCUGGAACUCUUGUGGAAUUCGGGAAAACCUUACGCAAGGAUUCGGGGGUCAGGACUUAUCAUACCUUGAAACGUUGAAACCGAUUAUGACGCUCGAAACGCUGUUUUUUUUUUCUCUCCGUCUCUGUCGAGAUAUCGUAUGUAUGCAUCUUCGUCGAGAUAAGGGCUCGGCGGGCGAAUUCGCUCGUGGAUGAAUCUGUACAUAUUGAGAGAUAGCUCGCUUUUGAUGCAAGCCGAACACCCUCUUUAGGUAGAAUUCGCUGAAUCGGGACGAGUGCCUCGCUUCUUCGCUUGGAUUUUCAUUUUCUACGUCUUCCAAACGUAUGACGACGCUUUAGGGCCACGUACUCUGCACCUGCGAGUCUAGAUUAGGGACUAAGCGAGUUUACUGAUAAGAGAUUUAGUUUCUUCUACCUUUCUUUCUUUUUUUCAACUUCUCGUUUUCACGAGGUCGAGACCGACAGUCGUCCUUCGGUAGGCCGGCCAUGCUCCAUAGUAAUAAUCGCCAUAAAGUACUGAUGUAAAUGUUUAAAAAGUUGUAUAAUAACUUCCAGACGUUUCCCCCUUAUGUCUUAUUUGUGGAAGACAAAGGUUGGGUCGUCUUGCCUCUUAGGACGCGUUUUACGUAGUUUGGGAAUCCUUGCACCGGAUUUCUGCGUAAACUCGCGGAUGAAAUCGGAGUUGAAAUAUUUCCUUAGGUUUAGGAGGCAUUCGGGGCGAUUUUUAAGGUACACGCGGAAUUUUAGGGAAGUAAUCAAGGUACUUUGCUCAUUAAUCUUUGCCGGUCUUCGAGAGUCAAGCAAUGAGGAAAGGACGAUACUUGAGGAGCACAGAAUUUGGUCUCGUGGGUGAAAAGCAGAUUUGGCUACGCGUACUAUUAAUAGCCAUUUAUUGGAGUAUAGUUAUGAAAUUAAGUUGCCGUGGAUGCUUCUUUUGGCUAUGCGUACUAUUAAUAGCCAUUUAUUGGAGUAUAGUUAUGAAAUUAAGUUUCCGUGGAUGCUUCUUUAAAAUUUCUCACUGGCAUUAAAACAGUUGUAUGGUUGAAUCAUGUUUCGUACUCCGUGGAUCCUUUUUUUAUGGAUUACUGGCAUUCAAUGCGAAGAACGAUUGUAAUGGGUACAAAUGAUUGCUCUUAGUUAUGCUCGUAUCUUCUUUCUCACAUUCUUGGCUGCAACAACUUAACUUGCAAAUCUACAUUUUGAGGUAAGAAAAUGUAACUCUUGAUUGAAAGUAUAUUUAGUACGGCCAUGGGACCGAUACACCGAAGUAAGUCUCCUGACGUUUUAUCUUUUUCCUCUGGUGGAAUUAAGGAGGAUUAAUCGUGCACAUUCUAGUAAAUAUAAAAAAGCCUCAAUUGUUUAUAAAUGAACGUAUGUCAAUCAUGAAAACGACGAGUCAAGGUAUGGAUAUUUGCUUCUGUGUCUUCGUUCCAUGGCAUGGUUAAAUAAAAAGGCUUACAUAGCAAAUAGUUACUCGACAAAAGACUGUGUAAAAGGUAUAUUUUUAUGUACAGAACUAUAGUUAGUACUUACAUAGUAACGGUGGUGACGUAUUUUGUUGCACACUUAAGUAUAAUUAGUAAGAAAAAUUCGUGCAGCAAUUCUUCCUAGACUUAAGGAACUUUUUAAAUUAUAUACCUGUUAAAUUACUGGUAGAAUUAGGUACAGCUAUGGUUACGCAAAGUUUAAAGUGGUGUACAUAUAUUAACAAAUGGAAUAGAUUAUUGUAAUAAAUGAUUUGUAUAACAGUA